CUUCCCCUCCGCUUGCUAUCGAUAGUUGAAAUCUCCAGUCCUCCGCUUCACCUUCUCUUCGUCCGGGAAACAUUGCCGCCUCCGUUUUCUCUUCUUCUUAAGUUAAAAGAGCCCGCGGUCCGUAAAACCUUCAUUUUUGUCUUCUACUGUGUUCUGCAUUUCAGAUGUUUGACAGCUGCAGAAAGCUGAUAAAAAUGCAGUGGAAAGCCUUCGUUCAAGAGUCCAGCAGAACGAUGGAAUAGAAUUCUAUUAAAGCUUUGUGAAGAAAUGUCUGGGUUGCUCAAUUCACAACUUAACGGCUCGGCUUCAAGCUUCCCUGAAUCCACAGGCAGGCCAUUCACCAAUUCCUUUUCUGCCCAAUCUGCAACAGCCCAAGGAUUUCAUCCCUCUGGCUUGCACAAUGUAAGUGGUAGCUUCAACAUUCCCAAUAUGUCCGCUUCACUCACCUCUCGCAAUGUAGCAUUGAGUGGUGUCCCAUCGAACGGUGUUCAGCAAGCCGGGGGAAGCAUCUCUAGCGGACGUUUUGCAUCUAACAACCUUCCUGUUGCUUUAUCUCAGAUUUCACAUGGUAGCACGCUUGGACAUUCAGGAGUUACUAAUCGUGGUGGUAUAAGUAUUGUAGGAAGCCCUGCUUAUAGUAGCAGUUUGAAUGCAGUUAGUGGUUCGCUACCUGGAAUUUAUUCAAACUCCAUUGUUUCUAGUAACCGAAACUCCGUACCUGGUAUGAGUACUUCUCCCAUUUUGGGUAAUGUAACUUCGAGAACUGCAAACUCACUGAGUAACAUAGCCAAUGGCGGCAACGUGGGGAGAAACAUAAGCACUACUGGAGCAGCUCUUCCUGCUCUAGCAUCACGUGGAAAUUUUGGAGGAAAUAUUGGAGCAGGUAGUCUUAACUUACAAGGGACGAAUAGGUUGAUGGGAAGUAUGCUACAACAAGCACCUCAAAUGCUUGGCAUGCUUGGAAAUUCUUAUCCUGGGUCUGGAGGACUGUUAUCUCAGAAUCAUUUACAAGCAGGAAACAGUGCGUUGACCUCCAUGGCCAUACUCAAUGAUGUCAAUUCGAAUGAAAGUUCUCCAUUUGACAUGAAUGACUUUCCUCAGUUAACGGGGCGACCAAAUUCUUCUGGAGGGCAUCAAGGGCAAUUGGGUUCAUUAAGGAAACAAGGAAUCAGCUCUAUUGUCCAACAGAACCAGGAAUUUAGCAUUCAAAAUGAAGAUUUUCCAGCAUUACCUGGAUUCAAGGGUGGUAGCUCAGACUUUUCCAUGGAUUUGCAUCAGAAGGAGCAGCUUCAUGAAAAUGUCUCAAUGCUGCAAUCACAACAUUUCCCUAUGGGAAGGUCGGUCGGCUUCAACUUGGGAGGUAGUUAUCCAUUUGCUCGUCAACAGCAGCAGCAGCUUGCUUCUGCUGCUAGCACUGCUAGCAUUACUUAUAAACCCGGAAGCAAUCAAGAGCUUCUUCUCCAUGGUUCUGAUUUGUUUUCUUCCUCAAAUGGGACCUAUCAGUCUCAAAUUCAACCCAAUGGCCUCCCUAGCAUCGGAUUUAGGCCAUCGAGCUCUCCCAUUCCAGCUUCCGGUAUUGGAUUGUAUGACCAGAAUAUUCAGCAAUAUCAACACGUCCAAAAUCAAUCACAACAACAAUUGCAACAGAUGUCUUCUGUUACUCAGUCAUAUAGAGAUCAGAGUCUGAAAUCUUUGCAAGUAUCACAAACCACGACGGAUAGAUUUGGUUUGCUCGGUUUACUAAGUGUCAUAAGGAUGAAUAAUCCAGAUUUAACUUCCCUUGCCUUGGGGAUAGAUUUAACUACCUUAGGAUUAAAUUUAAACUCAAAUGAUAACCUUCACAAGAAAUUUGGUUCUCCAUGGUCUGACGAGCCCUUGAAAGGAGAGCCUGAAUCUAGUGUCCCUUCAUGCUACUAUGCCAAACAGCCUCCCCCACUUCAGCAAAGACAUUUUUCAAAACUUCAGCUGGGAACGCUGUUUUACAUCUUUUACAGCAUGCCAAAGGAUGAGGCUCAAAUAUAUGCUGCUUAUGAACU